CCAGGGAAAGAUAAACGAUGUGAAAAUCAAAAUCAAAUAGGAAAUUUGCCCAGCUUACUUCAAGAUGGAUCGACAUCGCACGUUAAUCAACACCAAGAACCCGAAAGCGAUGAAAAUGACGUAAUAAUUUCAGAACACACACCAGAUUAUAGCCCAAUGCAGUCUCCAGUGUUUCGAUGGGGUGAAGUCGAAGGCGAAGCACUUGCUCAAGCUAUCCAAGAAAGCUAUAAAGAAGUGGUUCAUUGGAGACGAAACUUGUUUAAAACUCCAUCUGGCCAGGCUG